AUGGAUCUGCCAGUGAAGGCGAUUGUUUCACUCCAUCCAGAUGAAAUAGAGAACAGCUUGCCAACUAAAAAGAGCCAACUGUCUUCUGUUGAUCCAUUACGAGGUGGAGCUAACCCAAGAGCGCUGAGGAUUAAUUUCCGUCCUGCAAGAGACAUGAGUCGAGAUGGACCAAGAACAAAGCGGGUCUGUCUCAAGACCCCAACUCAGAAUUCUAUCUCGAGUUGGGCAGAGAUCCAGCAUAAACAGCCAUGCCAAGAACCUAUGUUUUGGGACACCUCCUUUGUUCCAGAUGAUACUAUCCUAAGGGACAGGCUCUUGAAGCUGAUUGGGGCUGAGCCCAAUACCCAUUGCGGCAGAUGCUUGAAACAGUUGCAUUUUGGGAGAUACCGAGUCGAGAUGGCCUGCAUGGCUUUCGGGCAUGACAAAAGUGGAACACCAGAAGUUAGAGAUACCCGCAAUAACUGUUUGAAUAAGCUGAAGCCUACCAGCGAAGGACAGAGAUUUGGCACUCCAGCAGGUAACUCUUUCUCUCACUUGAUGUAG